UUUAUUUAAUUUCCCCUUUUUCAGCGCACUCUGGGCCUACCUCAAGCUCUUGCGCCUCACCAAAAGAUACGAGCGUGAAAAUCUUACCAUUGCGGACAUCUUUCAAAUGCAAGUUAAACAGAAUCCAAAUAAAAAUGCGAUAAUCAGCGAUACGCAGAGGUGGACCUUUCGCCAGUUGGAAGAAUUUUCAAAUCGCAUAGCAAACUUCUUUCAUGCACAAGGCUACCGAAAGGGCGAUGUCGUUGGCUUAUUGCUUGAGAAUCGUGCCGAAUUUGUAGGCAUUUGGUUGGGACUCUCCAAAAUUGGGGUAAUCACGCCACUGAUUAAUACCAACCAGCGUGGACCAUCGCUGUUGCACAGCAUCAGUGUGGCGCAUUGUAAAUCAUUGAUUUUCGGUGAGAGCUUCAGCACAGCUGUUGAAGAAGUGCGCAAUGAUAUACCACCGGCACAUGUAGCGCUAUACCAAUUCAACGAUGAAGCGAAUAAGAACGUGAUCGAAUCGGCGAAGGAUAUGACUACCCUGCUGGAAACUGUGGAAAAGCGUCAUGUAGCUGCGCAAGCGGAGCGUGCUAACCAUCAUGAUCGUCUUGUCUACAUCUACACUUCGGGCACCACAGGUCUGCCCAAGGCGGCGGUGAUCUCACAUGCGCGCUAUCUCUUCAUCGCGGCUGGCAUCAACUAUACAAUGGGUUUCCGUCAGGAAGACGUUUUCUACACGCCACUUCCUCUGUACCACACCGCCGGCGGCAUUAUGAGUAUGGGUCAGGCGAUUUUGUUUGGCUCCACCGUUGCUAUACGCAAGAAGUUCUCCGCCUCUGGCUAUUUUACUGAUUGCGUCAAGUUUGAGGCUACCGUCGGUCAGUAUAUCGGUGAGAUGGCGCGCUACAUACUUGCUACCCCUCCGUCGGCAAACGAUCGCACACAUCAUGUGCGUCUCAUUUUCGGCAAUGGUUUACGUCCACAAAUUUGGCCUCAGUUUGUCGAACGCUUCAAUAUUUCCAAAGUGGGUGAAUUUUAUGGCGCCACUGAGGGUAAUGCAAACAUAAUGAAUAACGACAGCACUAUUGGCGCCAUCGGUUUCGUCUCACGCAUUCUGCCGCAAGUUUAUCCGAUCUCGAUUCUACGCGCCAAUCCCGACACCGGUGAACCGAUACGCGGUGCUGAUGGGCUCUGCCAGCUGUGCGAACCCAACGAGCCUGGCGUGUUUAUCGGCAAAAUUGUUAAAGGAAAUUCAGCGCGCGAAUUCCUUGGCUAUGUAGAUGAGAAAGCAUCGGCGAAGAAAAUUGUUUGUGAUGUAUUCCGCAAAGGCGAUAUGGCUUUCUUAUCGGGUGAUCUGUUAGUUGCCGAUGAGCGCGGUUAUUUGUUCUUUAAGGAUCGUACAGGUGACACAUUCCGUUGGAAGGGGGAGAACGUAUCGACCAGCGAGGUGGAGGCGCAAGUCAGCAACGUCGCAGGCUAUAAGGACACAGUUGUUUAUGGUGUGGCCAUACCACACACAGAAGGGCGUGCAGGCAUGGCUGCCAUUUUCGAUCCGAAUCAUGAGGUGGACUUGGAAUUGUUCGCUGACAAGCUGGCGAAGGCGUUGCCUGCCUAUGCGCGUCCACAAUUCUUGCGGUUUCUCACCAAAAUCGAUAUGACUGGCACGUUUAAGUUGCGUAAAGUGGAUUUGCAGAAAGAGGGCUUCGAUCCAACUAAGAUUAAGGAUACGCUUUACUAUCAGACGCCGAAAGGACGUUACGAAGUGCUCACACCUGAAAUAUAUGAGAAAAUCAACCGUCAUGAGUUGCGUUUUUAAGCUUAUGGACUGAUAGGGAUCGAGGUGCGCGCGUGCAUAUUCUUGCAUUGGGAUAUUGUGUUUGCCUGUUUUUAGAGUUUAAGUAUUUUUCCAUUAAAAAA